AUGUCAUAUCCUACUAAAACCCACGAAAGUGAUGGUGAGCAAAAUGAAAAAUUUGCAACAGACAUAAACUCUGAUGAACUUGAUAUUCGUGAUAGCAACAACACUAUGAACAAUCAGAACAAACAAAAUAAUUCUAGUUCAUCUUCGUCUAUAAAUAGACUCAACAUAUAUGAAGGUUUGGAUAAAGAGGCGGAAAAGAAUAUCAAAAAUUUGGCCCGCACAUUUACUAAUAAUUCUACUACUUAUUCCAAUACCCAUAAUUCACUGAACGCUGAUAACAACAACACUAAUAUUUAUUCCGAUGUGGCAAGUAAUUCCAGUGGUAAUGUUGGUCCCUUUUUUAGCAAUUUUGACCAGGAUUAUGACCCAAAGUUGGAUCCCAACAGUGACGAAUUUUCAUCCGCGUGUUGGAUUAAAAACUUGAGCAAGAUCAUGACGAAUGACCCUGAUUAUUAUAAACCUUAUAUUUUAGGUUGCUGUUAUAAGAACUUGAGGGCCUUUGGUGAUUCUAACGAUGUUUCUUAUCAAUCCACUAUCGGCAAUAUGCCAAUAAAAGCCAUUCAAUAUGUUUAUCGUCAUUUAAGGAAGAGAAGGAAGGAAGACACCUUUGAUAUUUUAAAACCUAUGGAUGGCCUAAUAAAACCAGGUGAAUUAUUAGUUGUUUUAGGUAGACCGGGUUCUGGUUGUACUACUUUGUUGAAAUCCAUUUCUUCUAAUACCCACGGUUUUAGCAUUGAUCCAGAGACUAUUAUUUCAUAUGAAGGUUUAACUCCAAAAGAAAUCAAAAAACAUUACAGAGGAGACGUUGUUUAUAACGCUGAGGCUGAUAUCCAUUUUCCUCAUUUGACCGUUUAUCAGACUUUGAAUACUGUUGCUCGGUUAGUCACCCCAAGAAAUCGUAUUAAAGGGGUUAGCAGAGAAGAAUUUGCCAAACACAUCACGGAAGUCACCAUGGCCACCUAUGGUUUGAGUCAUACACGAGAUACCAAAGUGGGUGACGAUUUUAUUCGUGGUGUUUCCGGUGGUGAGCGUAAGAGAGUUUCUAUCUCUGAAGUUUCUAUUUGUGGUUCCAAAUUUCAAUGUUGGGAUAACGCUACUAGAGGGUUGGAUUCUGCUACUUCAUUGGAAUUUGUAAAAGCCUUAAAAACGAGUGCAGAUAUCACCAAUUCCAGUGCUUGUGUUGCCAUUUACCAAUGUUCGCAAGAUGCCUAUGACCUGUUUAACAAAGUUUCUGUUUUGAGUGAGGGGUAUCAGAUUUUUUUCGGGUAUAGUAAUAGGGCCAAAAAAUACUUUGAGGAAAUGGGAUAUGUCUCGCCAGCAAGACAAACAACGGCUGAUUUUUUAACGGCCGUCACCAAUCCAGCUGAACGUAUUGUUAAUCCUGAUUAUAUUAAGCGUGGAAUUAAGGUGCCAACUACUGCCGAAGAAAUGGAACACUAUUGGAAGAAUUCUCAAGAUUAUAAACAAUUGCUAGUAGACAUUGAUGAAUAUUUGAAAAAAAAUGACGAUGUUGCCAAAGAAGAAAUUCAUGAGGCUCAUGUUGCCAGACAAACAAAGAGGGCUAGGCCAAGUUCGCCAUAUGUAUUGGAUUAUGGUAUGCAAGUGAAAUAUUUAUUGAUCAGAAAUUUACAAAGAAUAAGGAAUAAUAUGGGACUAUCAGUCUUUACUGUGGUUGGUAAUUCUGCAAUGGCCUUAGUUUUAUCAUCGAUGUUUUAUAAAGGAAUGUUGCAUACGACAACAUCAACAUUUUAUUCUCGUGGUGCAAGUAUGUUUUUAGCCGUUUUGUUCAACGCCUUCUCGUCCAUGUUGGAAAUUAUGUCUUUAUUUGAAGCUAGACCAAUUGUGGAAAAACACAAGAGAUAUGCCUUGUACCACCCAUCUGCUGAAGCGCUUUCUUCAAUCAUUUCCGAACUACCGGCCAAGCUCACCAUUAGUAUCUGCUUUAACGUUAUCUUUUACUUCAUGGUGAACUAUAGAAGGAAGCCUGGGUUUUUCUUUUUCUUUUUGAUGAUGAAUUUCAUAUGUACUUUGGGUAUGUCGCAUAUUUUCAGAUGUAUUGGUUCUGCUGCCACGAGUUUCCCACAAGCAAUGGUUCCAGCUUCUGUUAUUUUGUUAGCAUUGUCCAUGUAUGCUGGGUUUGCCAUUCCAAAAACUAAAAUGUUGCGUUGGUCCAAAUGGAUUUAUUGGAUCAAUCCUAUCCAAUACAUUUUUGAAUCCUUGAUGAUCAACGAGUUUCACGGUAGAGAGUUCCCAUGUGCGGAAUUCAUACCCUCUGGGUCCGGAUAUUCCGACGUGUCUCUAGCUAAUCAGGUUUGCUCUAGUGUUGGUGCUGUAGCUGGGGAGUCCUAUGUUAGUGGCGAUAGGUUUUUAGAAUUGGCUUAUGGCUAUCUGCACAAACACAAAUGGCGUGGGUUUGGUGUGGCUUGUGCCUAUGCAGUUUUCUUUUUGGGUGUUUAUUUGGUUUUCUGUGAAUAUAACGAAAGUGCAAAACAAAAGGGUGAAGUUUUGGUUUUCCCAGCUAGUGUUAUUAGAAGAAUGAAGAAGUUGCAUCCUAAAAAGAGGCUUGAUAUCGAAAGCGGUGGUAACAGUGAAAAGGUUGCAUCAUCUCCAAAUAAAGAAUUGGUUUUGAAUGAUUCUUCUAAUUCCACUUCCAGCGGCAAUAACGAGGAGUUCAACUUGUUUGCAUCGAAUGCUAUUUUCCACUGGAGGGAUGUCAAAUAUGAAGUUAAGAUUAAAAAUGAAACUAAAAGGAUUCUAGAUGGGGUUGAUGGAUGGGUUAAACCAGGUACUUUAACUGCGUUGAUGGGUGCUUCAGGUGCUGGUAAGACCACAUUGUUGGAUUGUUUAGCUUCACGUGUCACUAUGGGUGUUAUCACUGGGAAUAUUUUUGUUGACGGUCAUCUGCGUGAUAAUUCAUUUGCUAGAUCUAUUGGCUAUUGUCAGCAACAGGAUUUGCAUUUGAGUACAGCGACAGUUAGGGAAUCUUUAAGGUUUUCAGCUUAUCUAAGACAGCCAAGUUCUGUUUCCAAGCAGGAAAAAGAUGAGUAUGUAGAGGAAGUGAUUAGAAUUUUGGAAAUGGAACAAUACGCUGAUGCGGUUGUUGGUGUUGCUGGUGAAGGUUUAAACGUCGAACAAAGAAAGAGAUUGACUGUCGGUGUUGAAUUAGCAGCCAAACCCAAAUUAUUGUUGUUUUUAGAUGAACCUACUUCCGGGUUAGAUUCGCAGACAGCUUGGUCUAUCUGUCAAUUGAUGAGAAAGUUGGCUGAUAAUGGCCAAGCUAUUUUAUGUACCAUUCACCAGCCUUCUGCUUUGUUGAUGCAAGAGUUUGACAGAUUAUUGUUUAUGCAACGUGGAGGUAAAACCGUCUAUUUUGGAGAUUUGGGCAAAGGUUGUAAAACAAUGAUCAACUAUUUCGAAGAAAAUGGUGCUCAUAAGUGCCCAGAGGAUGCUAAUCCUGCCGAAUGGAUGUUGGAGGUUGUUGGUGCCGCUCCAGGAUCACAUGCAAAUCAAGACUAUCACGAGGUUUGGUUAAAGAGUGAGGAACGUACUAAAGUUAUUGAAGAAUUGAACCACAUGGAACAAACUCUGUCAACAGGCAAUAAUAAUACUGAUGCUAGUGAUGAAAAAGAGGCCCACUCUGAAUUUGCUACCAGUAUUUCUUACCAAUGUUACUUGGUUACUGUACGUUUGUUCCAGCAGUAUUGGAGAACACCAUCCUAUUUGUAUUCCAAGUUUUUCUUAACAAUAUAUUCUGAAUUAUUUAUUGGGUUCACGUUUUUCAAAGCUGACCACAGUUUGCAAGGCUUACAAAACCAAAUGUUGUCUGUUUUCAUGUUUACUGUGUUAUUUAAUCCUGUGUUACAACAAUAUUUGCCAACCUAUACUAGACAAAGAGAUUUAUAUGAGGCUAGAGAAAGACCAUCAAGAACGUUUUCUUGGAAGGCUUUCAUUAUAUCACAGAUUAUAGUUGAAGUUCCAUGGAAUAUAUUGGCUGGUACAGUUGCAUAUUUUAUCUAUUACUAUCCAGUAGCGUUUUACAGAAAUGCACCAACAUCUCAGCAAUUGCAUGAGAGAGGUGCAUUAUUUUGGUUAUUUGCGACAGCCUUUUACACAUAUAUUGGUUCUUUUGCACUAAUGGUUGCCGCUCCCUUUGAAGUUGCUGGGAAUGGUGGUAAUUUGGCUUCUUUAUUCUUCACCAUGGCGUUAUCAUUUUGUGGUACUAUGGUCACUCCCGAACUAAUGCCUCGUUUUUGGAUUUUUAUGUACAGGGUUUCACCAUUAACUUAUUUUAUUGAUGGUGCUUUAUCUACUGCUGUGGCUAACACCUAUGUUAAGUGUUCACCAUAUGAAUAUGUUAAGAUGAUUCCACCAGUUGGUAAGACUUGUCAAGAAUAUUUGGGUACAUAUUUAACUAAUGCUGGUACUGGCUACUUACUUGAUCCUAAUGCUACCGACACAUGCUCAUUAUGCACAGUUUCUGAUACCAAUACAUUUUUAAGUAGUGUUUCGUCUCAUUAUUCCAAAAGGUGGAGAAAUUGGGGUAUUUUUAUUUGUUAUAUCGCGAUUAAUUAUAUUUUUGCUGUUUUCUUGUACUGGCUGUGUAGAGUUCCAAAGAAAAGCAGGAUGGCAAAGUAA